AGAGCUGUUACAUGCGUGACAUGUAAAACACACUGGCAAAGCCGCACAAGUGAGAAAAAAAUCAUGUCAUUUUUGGUAUUCCUAACGUUUGCCUGUUUGAUUCUUUCAACACCAGCUGACCAAUGUCACAAAAGCCAACACUGUUCAAACUGUGAUCCGGCAUCAGGAAACUGCAUCACAGAAUGCGAAACUGGAUAUUACGAUCUAAAAUGCGAGUCUGGUUGCAGCAAGAAUUGCAAAGAGAAGAAAUGCAAAUUAUUAGAAAAUACCGGCAUUGGAUAUUGCACAGAAGGUUGUGAACCCGGGUAUCACGGUGUAAACUGCAAACUAGUUUGUUCAGUUCCAACACAAAACUGCUCCAAAUGUCCAGGUGGAUGUGACGGGGAACACUGUACCCAAGGCGAUACAUGUUUCUCCGACUGUCAAGAUUCCUACUACGGCUUAGCUUGCAAGGAUUGUUCCAAGAGAUGUCAAUCGUGCAAUAGAAUAACAGGAACAUGUGACCAGUGCCAUUCACAUUAUCAUGGCAAAAACUGUGAGUACUCGUGUAAUUACUGUUCGGGAUCAUGUGUCAGUGAAUGUGAACGAGUAUGUGCUCCUGGAUUAUACGGGACUGAAUGUGCUGAAAUGUGCAGUGCAAACUGUCUUCCUAACCCAGUGUUCUAUUCUGAGGGCCAGUGUGUGGAAGAAGAUGGAAACAUUACAAACGAGUGUACACCAGAGUGCCACAACGAGAGUGGUCAGUGCAUUCAUGGAUGUGUGGCUGGAUGGUAUGGCCCAAUGUGUGAAGUCCAGUGUAACUCCAACUGUUUUAACAAACGAUGUGACAACACAAGUGCGUGUGACGAAGGUUGUACAGCUGGUCAUUUUGGAAAGGACUGCAUACCAUGUUCUGACAUCUGCGCUAGUUACACUUGCAAAUCAAACAACGGGUCUUGUUUACACAACUGCAGCAGCGAGGUGUUUGAACAAUUCUGUAAUAUCACCAGUAAGACAUGUAUUGAGGACGUGUGUGCUCAGAUUACUGACAAAUGUAUCAUAGAAUGCUCCAUCACUGAGGAAGGAUGUACGCGUAAUUGUUCAACAGACAUUCCAUCAACCGACUGCAGUGACGAAUCUUGUGUCACAGCAGACAAGGUCGCUUCUGCACUGAAGGAAAUCUUACAGAGCCCGUCCAAAUGCACUUUCAGCCCCCACUUGUACUUACCCCCACCAUCAUCUAAAGAGACCAUCUUGGAAUCUAAGCUUCAGCCAGACGAUAUUAACCUGAUCACAGAACUUCCAUCACUAACAGUGUCAAAACUCCAAACAGGAGGUAUGCUGGCCCAAGUACAACAGGUUGCAAAAUACCAGCCCUAA